AUGGCCGCCAUCCGCAAAAAGCUGGUUAUAGUUGGUGACGAUGAGUGUGGGAAAACGUGCUUGCUGAUUGUAUUCAGCAAAGACCAAUUCCCUGACUUUUAUGUGCCCACCGUGUUCGAAAAUUAUGUAGCAGACAUUGAAGUGGAUGGAAAACAGGUGGAGUUGGCUUUGUGGGACACAGCCGGUCAAGAAGAUUAUCAUCGCCUUAGACCUCUUUCCUACCCGGAUACCAAUGUUGUACUUAUGUGUUUUUCCAUUGUUACUCCUGAGAGUUUAGAAAGCGUCCAAGACAAGUGGACCCCCGAGGUGAAGCAUUUCUGUCCCAACGUGCCCAUUAUCCUGAUUGGGAACAAGAAGGAUCUUCGAAAUGACGAGCGCGUAAGACGUGAGCUGACCAAGAAGAAACAGGAGCCAGUGAAACCUGAAGAAGGCAGAGAUAUGGCAGAUCGGAUUGGGGCAUUUGGUUAUAUGGAGUGUUCAGCAAAGACCAAAGAAGGUGUGAGGGUGGUUUUUGAAAUGGCCGCAAGAGCGGCUUUGCGUGCCAGACGUAGAAAGAAAAAGUAUGAAUGCCUUGUCUUGUAA